UCAACACGACAAAUUUUGCAUAAUAACAUAAAAAAUGUAAAAGCAAGCAAACUACGACUAUAAACAUAUCGUGCUACUGCAUAAAGGCUUACACAACAUCACAGUCAAAAUUUAAAACAGAUGAGAAGUGGGACAAAAUUAAAUUGUGUAUAAAAGCCAAACAUUCUUUCAGUAUAAUCACACUCAACAUUUGUUUCUACUCAAGAACAAACCAACAAAACCAAAACCAAAAAAUGUUGUUCAAAGCUUGCAUUCUUGCUGCUGUGGUUGUCUGCGCUUUGGCGCAACACCACGCAACUUCAUAUGCUUCUGUGAGUAAUCAUGUUGUUCAUGAUUAUCAUCAUGGAAGUGAAGGAUUAGGACAGGCCCAGGAAGGUGGACAUCAUGGUCAUCACGAAGAACACUACCCACAUCAUCAUCCCAAGUAUGAAUUCAAAUAUGGCGUCGAAGACAAACACACCCAUGAUAUCAAGUCACAACAUGAGGAACGUGAUGGUGAUGUUGUCAAGGGAUACUACACAUUGGUCCAACCCGAUGGUAGGACCCGCACUGUUCAUUACACGGCUGAUAAACACAAUGGAUUCAACGCUGAUGUGAAAUAUUCUGGACAUGCUGAUCACCAAUCACUAAAAAUGUUCGCUAAAGUUUGCAUUCUUGCUUGUUUGGUUGCCUAUGUUGCAGCGCAACACCACGCAACUUCAUAUGCUUCCGUAAGCAACCAUGUUGUUCAUGACUAUCAUCAUGGCGGUGAAGGAUUAGGACAGGCCCAGGAAGGUGGACAUCAUGGUCAUCACGAAGAACACUACCCACAUCAUCAUCCCAAGUAUGAAUUCAAAUAUGGCGUCGAAGACAAACACACCCAUGAUAUCAAGUCACAACAUGAGGAACGUGAUGGUGAUGUUGUCAAGGGAUACUACACAUUGGUCCAACCCGAUGGUAGGACCCGCACUGUUCAUUACACUGCUGAUAAACACAAUGGAUUCAACGCUGAUGUGAAAUAUUCUGGACAUGCUGAUCACCCAGAAUACAAACCACAUCAUUAUUAA